AUGCUGGUUGCCCGUGCACUGCGCAAGCCCGUCGUGGGCCGCCGCCAUCUCUCGUUCUUUGGCCGUCUCUUUGGCGACGACGAGGGCUCGCCGGCUGCUGCGCCAACGACCUUUGGCUCGAGUGAGUACCACCUCGCGCUGCUCGGGUACGUUGCGCAGACCAUGCACCCGCAGCACUCGCUGGCCGCGAUCGUCGAGAAGGACACAGACUUUCUCAUGGGCCACGUCCUGAUUGGUGCGAGCCAAUACCUCUCGCCGCAUACGCACGCCGACAGCGUCCACGCGUCCUCGCGCGUCGCGACGGCCAAGGCCAUUGCCGCCCGCGUCGAGACGAGCACGCUGGAAAAGUGGCACGUCCACGCCCUCGACUACCUCGUCCAAGGCCAGUGCCGCAACGCGGUUGCUGUCUACGAGACCAUAUUGCGCCAUGAUGUGACCGAUCUCCUCGCGCUCAAGUGCGCCACCGAGCUCUACGCGAUCCUCGGGUACAUUGCUUGGUCGGCGACGAUGCCGGGAUACAGCCACCUCCUAGCGAUGCAAGCGUACGCGCUCUCAGAGAACGGCGACCACGGCGCCGCGCAGAGCCUCGCCGACCGCGCCAUGUCCAUGCACGAAGAAGACGCGGUUGCGUUGCAUGCUCUUUUGCAUGUCUUUGAAGUCCAAGGCAAGCACCAAGACGGCGCGAGUCUAUUGCUACAGAGUGCGGACCAAUGGGAGACGUACGCGGUGUUGCGGACCCAUGUGCAGACGCAUUUCGCGCUCUUUCUCAUUGAAACCGGUCGCUACGACCGCGUGCUCAAGCUCCUUCGCCACGAUAUUUUGACGUCCGAGACCAUGUCGGCCAACGUGUUGAUCGAUGCGACGCAAAUUUACUGGCGCCUGGUUCUUGCGGGUUUUCCCGCCGACUCGAUUGCGAUCGAGCUCAUGACGCAGUGGCGUCACGUUGUCGACAGCCACGUCCCGCUCACGCCGCUUGCUAUGCUCCAUGCGCAUACAAUGUUGUCGCAUGCGUCGGCGCCCGACGACAUCCGCAUGCAGCUCGCCGCGCCCACGUCCGGACUUGGUGACGACGCGUGGGACGUGGCGACUGUAGCGGCCGCACUCGAGCGCAGCGUGACCACAUUUAGCUACCCGGAUGCUGGGUUUUCGGUCACUGCGCAAGCUGCGUUCGCAGCGGUCACGGCCUACAACGAGCAUCGGUUUAACGACGCGGUUACUGGUCUCUUGCGCGUUCGGACGCAAGCCCACGUACUUGGCGGGUCCAAGGUCGAGCAGGAGCUCUACGAUAUGCUGCUCAUCGAUGCGGCAACCCGUGGUGGGCAGUAUGACCUCGCGCAACUUGUGCUCAACGAGCGGAUCAACGCCAAGCCGCAGAGUGCGCAGUACUGGCACACGUUUGGCAACGUCAUGCGCGGUCUCGGUGACGCCGAUGGCGUCGACGGCGCUCGCCGCAUGAGCUACGUCCUCGGCCUCGGACAAGCCGGCGCCGGCGCCUCGUAAGCCUAUCGACGACCGCCGACAUGGACGUUAGCGACUAAAAACACGCAGUUUUAAACCGUCCUAUAGAUUUCUAACGUAUCAUGCUCCCAGUAUCGUUGAAACCAACCUGCGUGGAGAGAUACCAGUACUAGUCUAAUUAUACUAUCGCGCUAAACCAUCGCGACAGUAUCGCAACACGAUUUUCAAGGCCUCGC